UCAAACCCGCUGUCAUCAGACGCAGGACGUGAGAAGAAGGCUAUCCGCAAUCCACAUUCGUUUGGACUUCCCUUUUAGAAAAUAGCACGUGUCGGCGCUGUCAACUUGCCUAUUAUCACAUUAAAAUUGAAUAGCCGAGAGAUAUAACAGCACAAUGCCGUCUGAUGCAAAGAAACGUGCACAACAAAAGAAAAAAGAGCAGGCUAGUAACCGAAACAAAAAACCCGUGGCAAGAGUGACGGCUGACGAGAAUGGAACCACGACAAAUGGCUCUGUCGAUCGUGAAUUGACUGCUGAAGAGGCAUUAUGUUUGAAGUUAGAAGCCGAAGCCAAAAUGAACUCGGAGGCUCGUUCAUGUACCGGAAGCCUUGCAGUGCACCCACGCUCCAGGGAUGUCAAGAUUGCAAAUUUCUCGAUCACAUUUUAUGGCCAUGAACUUCUGCAAGAUACACUGUUGGAGCUGAAUUGCGGACGAAGAUAUGGUCUUGUUGGGCUUAAUGGUUGUGGCAAAUCAUCGCUACUCUCGGUUCUCGGACGUCGCGAAGUGCCAAUACCUGACCAUAUUGAUAUUUUCCAUCUGACAAGAGAAAUGCCAGCUUCUGAUAAAACUGCUCUGGAAUGUGUUAUGGAGGUGGAUGAGGAAAGAAUAAAACUCGAGAAAUUAGCCGAAGAAUUGGCACACUGCGAAGAUGAUGAAUCGCAAGAGCAGCUGAUGGAUAUCUACGACAGGCUGGAAGACCUGAGCGCUGACACGGCUGAAGCUCGUGCUGCUAACAUUUUGCAUGGUCUCGGCUUCACUAAAGAAAUGCAACAGAAAGCAACUAAGGAUUUCUCUGGAGGAUGGCGCAUGCGCAUUGCAUUGGCUCGUGCUUUAUAUGUGAAACCGCAUUUACUUCUGUUGGACGAGCCAACCAACCAUCUUGAUUUGGAUGCCUGCGUCUGGCUUGAAGAAGAACUUAAAUCAUAUAAACGUAUUCUGGUGCUAAUUUCUCACUCCCAGGACUUUUUGAAUGGUGUCUGUACCAAUAUCAUUCACAUGAAUAAGCGUCGUCUUAAGUAUUAUACUGGUAACUACGAAGCUUUUGUGCGAACGCGUUUGGAGUUGCUUGAGAACCAGAUGAAGCAGUACAACUGGGAGCAAGACCAGAUAGCUCACAUGAAGAAUUAUAUUAGCCGUUUCGGUCACGGAUCAGCGAAGCUCGCUCGUCAAGCUCAGUCUAAGGAGAAGACUCUGGCUAAGAUGGUAGCCCAAGGUCUCACUGAGAAGGUAGUGGACGACAAAAUACUGAACUUUUAUUUCCCGUCUUGUGGGAAGGUACCACCGCCAGUUAUUAUGGUGCAGAAUGUGUCAUUCAGAUAUACCGAUAGUGGACCUUGGAUCUACAAGAACUUGGAGUUUGGUAUUGAUUUAGAUACAAGGAUUGCUCUUGUCGGCCCUAACGGUGCCGGUAAGUCCACUCUGUUGAAACUACUCUAUGGAGAUUUGGUGCCAAGUACAGGUAUGAUACGUAAGAAUUCUCAUUUACGUAUUGGACGUUAUCAUCAACAUUUACAUGAACUGUUGGACCUUGAUUUAUCUCCAUUGGAUUAUAUGAUGAAGCAGUUCCCUGAAGUGAGGGAACGUGAGGAAAUGAGGAAGAUCAUCGGAAGAUAUGGUCUCACUGGACGUCAGCAGAUAUGUCCAAUGCGUCAGUUAUCCGACGGACAACGUUGUCGUGUCGUUUUCGCGUGGCUCGCGUGGCAGACUCCCCAUCUCCUGUUACUCGACGAGCCGACCAAUCAUCUUGAUAUGGAGACUAUUGAUGCCCUCGCUGAGGCCAUUAAUGACUUUGAUGGUGGCAUGGUACUUGUUAGUCACGACUUCAGGCUCAUUAAUCAGGUCGCUGAAGAGAUUUGGAUUUGUGAGAAUUCAACAGUAACAAAAUGGAAUGGUGGCAUUCUGAAAUACAAGGACCAUCUUAAGUCGAGGAUCAUGAAAGAAAAUGCCGAUAACGCAGCGAAAAUACGCAAAUAAUGUAGUUAAUGACUUAGAAACACUUUUAAACGUAAAUUUAAUUUGCACGUCUUGCUUAUAAGCACAAUUACCAAUAAGCGCUUACGAUCACGUCUCCACUUAACACCAGUUGGAAAUGAAUUAAGGGCUUUUUUUUAUUUAUAAAAAUAAAUUUAUUACCAGCAAAUUAUUAUUUACACUCCUUGUACGAAAGCGGAGCGGACACAAAACACAUUCCUAUACAUUGGAAAAGACUUGAAUAAAAAAAUGAUUGAUUUAAAUUGAGAAAUGACAGAUAAUUUCGUGACUCAAAAGUGUUUUAAUUCCAUUUUAAUUCCGCUUCGUUUUUACUUUUUUUUUAUCUUAAAUAUAUGUCAAAAUUAUCUUAUGUAAGGGAACUAAUUAUACAUUUCCCAUUCACCAUUUUUUUUACUUUUAGUUAUUUUAGGGUAUAGUGGUUGGAAAAUUCAAUGUUUAUUUUUCAUUAAUUUAUAUACUUGCUUUUUAUAUAUAAUCAAAUAUGUUAAUUGUGCUUACAAGUGUAUAUCAUAUUAAUACUUACAAUCUAGAUUUUCAUUUGCAUCUCACAAUCAGGAAUAUAACUAAAUUAUUCGCUUAAAAUUAUGUCAAUCAGGUUUUUUUAAAUAACACUUAGACAAAAUGCAUGUUUGGUAUUGACAUUGUGCAAUACAUAGAUAUUAAUCGCAACUUAUAGGUAUUAGUACAAUUUCCCUAAUAGAUUUAUAUUAUCUAAAUGAAAUGUUGAUAACCCUUACGUAAAACAAUUUUUUUUUUAAAGUUAAUUUAAUAGCCAAAUUUUGUAUUUCAAUUUUUUUUUAAAAUAUCUAUAAACAUAUUUAUAUAUUCCGGUUGAAUGUGUUAUAAAGUAUUACGUUGUUUGAUUAUUGCAUAAGUAGCUAAUUUUACACAAUCUGUUUAAAAGCAAUCAAGCAAAAAUUAACAAUUGAAUUAAGAUAUUAAAUAAAGUAGCCUUUGUCACAUA